AUGGAGAAGACGCUGUCGCAGGAAGAUUUUGACCACGGAGGGGCAAUCAGCGAUACCGAAACGCAUAACCAGCUGGAGGUCGUACUUUACCCCGAUUGCACUCACCGCCGCAAGUCGUCCUUGGUUUCGGUGGACGACUCAAGAUCAAGACCGCACCUUGACAAUGCGGACGAAAGAACAGCAUGCUUCGUGCAUUCAUUGAUAAUGGGUGAAUGGAUAACACCGCCAUCCAAAGACAUCCGACCAGAUGUGAAGCCGAGCAAUGCGCACGAAACAGCCCUCCCACAAACGAGCGUUGACGACGACGAUGCGAUUAAACCGUCCGAGGCGAAGGAUCGAAAGGCUCUCAAGACACUCCCUACUGUGGUGCAGUCACGACACCUGACCAAGAAGCAGCUGUCGGAUAUGGCGUGGAAUGUGCGCAAGCUGUCGAAGAAACUAGGGAGCAUCAAGCUCAAGCUCACGGUGAAGAGCGUAUUGGUUGUGACAAAGGUACGCGACGAAUCUCUUGUCGUACUUACACGGAAGGUUACCCAGUGGCUGCUCUCCAAGGAUCGCUCGACAAAAUAUGUCGUCUACGUGGAGAAGCGGCUGGAGACGCACCCGGAUUUUGGAGCUAUGCAGCUCCUUCAAGAAGAACCUACGGCCGAAGGCCGGCUCAAGUACUGGGAUUCAAACAUGGCAUCUGAAGAAGCACAUUUAUUCGACUUUGUUGUUACACUAGGAGGGGACGGCACGGUUCUAUACACGAGCUGGCUUUUCCAGCACGUCGUACCACCCGUACUCUCAUUUUCUCUGGGGUCCCUGGGAUUCCUGACUAGAUUCGAUUUCAACCAAUAUCAGAGCACACUAGAGACGGCGUUUAAGGACGGUGUCGUGGUAAGCCUCAGACUAAGGUUCGAGUGCACGAUCAUGAGGAGCAAUCGACGGCCGGAGGACGACGCAACAAACAUAACGAAGCGGGAUCUCGUCGAAGAACUGAUAGGAGAGGAGAUGGAAGGAACAUUGACCCAUAGACCGGACAAGGUUUUCCAGAUCCUCAACGAUGUCGUGCUUGACAGAGGACCGAACCCCACGAUGUCUCAAAUUGAGCUGUUCGGUGACAAUGAGCAUUUCACGACGUUGCUAGCGGACGGCGUCUGUAUAGCGACGCCUACCGGCUCGACGGCGUACAAUCUCGCCGCGGGAGGUUCAUUGUGUCAUCCAGAGAACCCGGUCAUUCUCGUUACCGCCAUCUGCGCCCACACCCUGUCUUUCCGACCGAUUAUAUUGCCGGACACCAUUGUUCUACGUAUGGGAGUGCCUUAUGAUGCCCGAACAAGCUCAUGGGCAAGCUUCGAUGGUCGAGAGAGAAUCGAAUUGCACCCGGGCGAUUAUGUGACUGUAUCCGCAUCGCGGUAUCCGUUUGCAAACGUGCUACCCCACAACCGACGUGGCGAGGACUGGGUUCAGAGUAUCUCCAAAACUUUGAAUUGGAAUUCGAGGCAAAAGCAGAAAGGCUUCAAAUAG